AUGUCCGAAGUCGCAUCGCGGUCGUCGGCCACGCGUGGCAGAGGCUCGGCCCGCGGCGGUAGAGGAGGUUUCGCCGGUCGAGGCGGCCGCUCUAGAACAAAUGGCGACAAGUCGGACCACAAGGACGAAAACCUCGGUGCUUUCGAAGACGAAGGCGAGUUCGCUGAGCUUCGCAAACAAUAUGGCGAUAAAACAUCUGUAAUCCGCGAGAUGUUCCCCGAUUGGUCUGAAGCCGAUGUUCUCUUUGCCCUUCAAGAGACAAACGGCGACGAAAAUGAAGCUGUCGCACGAAUUGCAGAAGGUACCAUCUCUCAGUGGGGUGAGGUCUCAAAGCCCAAGAAGACUGCCCGCACAAAGGCCAAGGACACUACGACCGCUGCUACCAACGAGUCAGCUGCAUCAGCAUCUCGAGCCACCCGUGGUGGACGAGCUGUUUCCGAGGGUGGACGUGGCCGAGGACGAGGUUCCGAGCGAGGUGGUCGAGGCGGCGCUGCUCGAGGCAGAUCAUCUCAACCCAGUACCAAUGGCACGCGUACCAAGGAAACUCAGCAGCUGUCUGUCCCGACUGAGGAAUCUUCUGCUUGGGAUAAUACCAAACCAAAAGACGACCAGGCCGAGUCCAAGAUUGCCGCUGCCGAUAAGUCUGCUCCCAUUGAACCUGCUCAGCCAGCAGCCCCCGCGGCCAAGACGUGGGCGAGUAUGCUGCGCCAGUCGACCGCCCCCAAGAUCGCGCCUGUUGCUUCCAAGGAGGCACCUGCGCCGAAACCUGCUGAUGUUGAAGCUCAAAUUGUCCCCGAACCCGUCCCUGCUGAACCCGAAACCAUUGAACCGGUAGAGGAAGAAACCACCCCCGUGGCUCAACGUGCCGUUCCCGUUCAACCCGCCGCUACCAUUGAACGAGAAGUUGCUCUCCCACCUACUAAAGAUGAGCUCACCGAGACGAAUCUCGAACAGGUUGUUGACGACUCCAAUCCACCCGCAACUGGCACAGCUGCAAGCACCGCUGCUGACUCUUGGGACCCCCGACAGAGCCCUGUUAGUGCUACCGCUACACCGAUCUCGGCUGCUCACCAGCAGCACCAGGCUCAGCGUUCUGCUGCAAGCGGAUAUGCCGCGUCUGCGAUAAAGGCAACUGCUGAGCGGACCACCCGUGGCCCCAGCCUCCAACGACGAGUUUUGGAUCAGGAAGAGGCUGUCCGUAUGCCGGGCAACCGCGAGGUGGACCGAGCUGCUGUUAAGUUCGGAGCUUUCAGCCUGAAUGACGGUGAAGAGGAUGUCGAUGGUGAGCGCGAAGAACCAGAGACUCGCGCUCAACCUCCCGCCGACUCUCCCGUUGCUCACCCUCGUGCCUCCCUGCCACCUGUCUCCCAACCUGUCGCCAUCCCAGAAACCUUCACUCAGAAGGCAGCCGGUACUGUUCCCUCAGUGGUCGCCGGAGCUGUUCCCACUGCUCCUGCUGCUGCACAAGCUCCUGCUACCGCGACACAACAGUUCUCUCGAUACGGACCUCAGGACACCGCUGCCGCCACACAGAAACCUCUCGAUCCUUUCAACGCUGCCCAAUCCACGCCUGUCUCUCAACCACCAUUCGAUAGCUAUGCCGCCCAGACCACUCAGCCUCAAGCUCAGCAGCCUGGUGCUGCAUUUACUUCCGCCCCGACCGAUUACUCCAACUACUACACUGCCAACCAGCAGGACAGAAAUCCUUACAACGUUUACGGACAGCAGUACGGCGCCCAACAGGCUGCCCACGGACAGCAUGACGGUGUCUCUCAGCAACGUCCUUUUGCCGGUUACAACGCUACUGAUAACCUCAGCCAAUACCCGCAGAGUGGCUCUCUGCACACGCAACCCCGAUUUGGCGGUUCCAGCGACAGCCAGAACAGCGGCCAUUCAACCCCCAACCCUGCGGCUCAGGCCCAGCAGCAGGGACAGCAAGGUCAGCAGACUCAACAGGCUCAGCAAGGUCAGCAGUCCCAGCAGCCUCAGCAGGGAACUCCGGGCUCGCAGCCUCAGUCUCACGGACAGUACCCGGGAUACAACCAUCCUUACUACAGCAACCCUUACUACCACCAGUACUAUUCAGGUUACGGACAGGGUGGUUUUGGCCCAUAUGCUGGCAAGGGUGGCAUGUAUGGUCAGCCCUACGGGAUGUCUCCCAAUGCGCCAUAUGACCACGCUUCAUCCCCGAGCACAUUCGGUGGCCCCUCUUCGCUUCACCGCGACAGCAGCCUAGGUUCUGGACUCGGCGAGUAUGGCCGCGCUGCAUCUGGUCAGGCCGGUAGCCAGCCUGGCCUCGGUGGCAGCAGCUUUGGAGGUGCCCAUGAUAGCUUUGCCCGCGGCACCUCUUCUUUCCAGUCUCAGAGCCAGUCUUUCAACAGCCAGAACCAACCCCCCGCCUCUGGCUCUACUGAUGACCUGAAGCCUUUCGGUGAUGCCAAGACGACCGCCUCUGGCCCUUCUCCAUCCCUUGGAGGUGGACCGCGACCUGGAUCUGCUACCAACAACGCACCUAGUGGCCAGACCGGCCUCCCACCACCUCAGAACUCUCAGAUGGGCGGAGGUUAUGGGGGUUACCCGAGUCACCUUCAGGGACACAACCUCCACGGCAGCGCCUAUGGUAUGGGCGGCGGCGCCGGAGCCAGCCAGCACGGCAACACUCCGUAUGGCUCUUACAACCAGGGGUUUGGUGGUAGCGGCGGCUACUACGGCGGUGGUCAGCAACAGCGUGGCGGCUGGGGCGGAAACUACCACUAG